CGUCGUCGAAUUCUCUGCUACAACCUCGAAUAACCUCUAUCCCUCAUCAGAUAUACCGACUGCGCCGUCUUUCCUGCCUCGAUCAGCUCUCCCUCAUACUUCUUCCCUCGCCUGCCGCUCAAACUUCGGUCCUCACUGUCGAACGUUGGUUCAACAUAGCAAUCUCAAUACAUAGCCUGCUGGAUGGGUUUCCCGGUGGUUUAGUCUCUCAGGCAGCCGAUCGAUAUAAUAUACGAAAUCUCUCAGCUCACCGGACAUUUCCCGGCCAGGCGGAGAUAAACGCUUGAAACACAUGCCACCUCCUAGGACAAGAGCGGAGGUCCAAGCCCAGAAACAAAAGGAAAAGCUUGCCCAGUCAUACAAUGAAUUAUUAGAGGAAUUCUCCUCAAAAGACCUCCGCACUGUAGGCAAUUACACACUUGGGCGGUUAAUAGGAAAAGGCUCCUUUGGCAAGGUCUACCUUGCCUCUCAUAAGUUGACCAAUGGCUCUAAGGUCGUACUCAAGUCUUCGAGUAAGGAGGACAGGAACCUGGCGCGCGAGAUCCAUCACCAUCGUCAGUUCCUCCACCCCCAUAUCGCUCGCCUCUACGAAGUCAUUGUGACGGAGAAUCUGGUCUGGCUAGUGCUGGAAUAUUGUCCAGGUGAUGAGCUGUACAAUCAUCUCCUUCAACAUGGCCCACUCCCCGUUGAGAAAGUUAAAAAGAUCUUCACACAAUUAGUUGGGGCUGUGGCGUAUGUUCACAGCAAGUCCUGUGUACACCGCGAUCUCAAACUCGAAAAUAUCUUGCUUGAUAAGCACGAAAAUGUCAAGCUUUGUGACUUCGGAUUCACAAGAGAAUAUGAGGGAAAGGCAAGCUACCUGCAGACAUUUUGUGGCACGAUAUGCUAUAGUGCCCCCGAAAUGCUGAAGGGGGAGAAAUAUGCCGGCGAGAAAGUGGAUGUUUGGAGCUUAGGAAUCAUUCUGUACGCCCUACUUGCAGGCGAACUUCCGUUUGACGAUGAUGACGAUCAAGUCACCAAAGCUCGCAUCCUCAACGAUGAGCCGGCGUUCAAUGAAAAAUUUCCUGAGGAUGCCAAAACUCUCAUCAAUCUGCUCUUGUCAAAGCGACCUUUGAUCCGGCCAGGCUUGGGUGAGAUUCUCGGCCAUCCAUUUCUCGCCGAGUUUGCUUCGGAACAGCUGGCGAUUCUGAAGAUCCCACGUCCGGCGCCAUUUUCGACCCCGCUCGAGAAGACAACAUUGCAGCGCAUGAAAAGUGCGGGUUUGAACAUCGAUGAUGUUGUGGAAAGCGUUCUCUCUCAACGAUGUGACCCACUCGCUGGCUGGUGGGCAUUGCUGAUAGAGAAAGAGCAACGCAAAGAACGAAAGAGGGAGCGUAAACGCCGAGAACGUGAGGCUGAGGCUAAAAACAUUCGCCGGCUCAGCGCAGCGAGCAGUCGUUUGGAAAAGAUUUCCGCAGCUUUAGUUGAAGUGGAUGAGGAGGGGCACGCAUCAUCUGAUGGCCCUCUCCAAGAACGUGGACGUAGGAACAGGCGGAGCUUACCAUCCCAGCUCACGGUACCAGAACUACCCAUGCUUCCUGAGCCAGCUCCCGUGCAGUCUCCAGAUUCUAGCGCGCCUCCUCCGCCUAUUGACAAAGACUCUGUCCGCUCCGCUAGCUCCACUCGACCUCGUCCAGUACCGCCUCCCAAAGAUCAAGCACGGCGGCCGAGUACCUUGCACGCCAGCGCUUCGCAACCGGAACUAGCGCAACACAAUGGUCUUUUCAGAAGGCGUACUGGUCGCCGUCAGUAUCCGAUCAUAAGUCAGCUGGCCUCACUCAAACAUUGGUUUGUGGAGUCUGCGAAGAGGGCCAAGUCACCGCACGCAAAGGUUACGAGCGCCCAAGGUGGGCAUCGCAAAUUUCUUCCGGAAAGACUAAGCCCAGGAAAGGGACAAGAGGCUGGAAAGAAGCCAACAUCCCCAUCUGCCGUCAUUGGAAACCAAGGUGACUUAUCGACGCCGACCCAGAUGAAACGCUCGUCGAAUGCUAGUAGCUUGGCUCCAAGCAGUGCCUCCUAUCCAAACCACCGUCACUCUUUUCCCCGGCAACCUCGACCACUCAGCACAGGUCAAACCCAUCGAAAUUCCCUGUCGCCCUCCCCAAUAACUCCGAGGGGCUCUUAUCGGCGGUCGUCUGCUGGCUUGCGUGGACGCAAGUCGACCUCUUCGUCUGUCUCGUCUAUCCGCAGCAUUCAUCAUACCCAUACCCACUCUAAGGCCUCAUCCGUAUCCUCGAAUAGCAUUGGCUCGGCUUCGACACCGACCGCUCGAAUCACCAAAUCACCACAUUCUUCUGUGAAAGUCUUGCCCACGACGCCGAGCGCCUCUGCUCGUUUUCCAAGCAAUAUUCGCUUGGUCCGAGGUACGCAUACUGGAAUGCGUGACAUGGACGAUCACAAUGGAAGACUCCAAUCAGUGUUUAACGAGGCAGCCCCGACCUCGCUACUCUAUUCACCUUCUUCAAGCCUUGUAUUUGCCCGUCGCAAACGAUCCGCAUUCAAGGGCCCUAUGAUUAACACUGCAAACCUGAUGGUAUCUGGCGGUGUGGCUGCUUCGCAAUAUCCCCAAGUUGAUUAUGGUGCUGAGGGUUCUGUUGCCGCAAAUGCUGUUCGGCCUGCAGCAAGGAAGAGUCAAAUUAUUGAAGAGGAAGAUCUAGAAGAAGACAUCGAGGAGGUGGAUACCUUCAGCGGCCUAGAGGAUGAUCCAGGAUCACCAGUCGAUCCGGUAAAACCGGACGAUUACCUUGAACUUGAGCAUACGGAUGGAUUGCUUCCUGAGCCGUCUCGCAAACCCGCUCUAGCCCCUGCCCCGGACUUUGAUGCUAGUCCUCGCCCACCCCGCUCGUCCUCAUUGACAACGCCGUCGUUCUCGACGGUCCCCGAGUAGACGUUACUCUGUCUGAUGCAAAACUUCCAUGAGACUGCUGUCAAAGCCUUCAGGCAGUAGCAGCCGGACAUACUAGAUUUCACCUUGGCAUGUUUCGAUUCUAUUUGUUCUUUUUGCACAUUUCAUUCAUAUUUAUACCCCCUUUCGCGUCUGUGCGGGCUAGUUUUUGAUUUUCUUUUCCUUUUCCUUUUCCUUUUCCUUUUUUCUUUUUUCUUGGACAAAUCUCAAUCUUUGACUGUUGCGCAAAAUGGCAACGCGAUGAUAAACAAGCCUGGGAAGGUCAUUCUUGUACGCUAGAAACCCCCCUUUUCCUAUCCUUCUUUCCAGACUUCUUCUUAUUCAUUACCUUG